AUGCAUCCUCUCGUCAGCCUGUCGUCUGUCUUGCCACGAGUCUGCUGGCACUCGGCCAAACCUAAUGUGCUUGCAACAACGCGAACAACAACAACAACACAAUCUCGCUUGAUAAGGAACUCCAACCUGCUGCGCACUUUCUCUGCUGCUGCUGCUAUCGCGUCGACUCGCUCUUCCCCGCCUCCCUUCCGCAUUGCGCCCACCACAACCACACGCACUUCUCUCCGUCCCACCGCCACUUCGUCCUCCACGACUGCUCCCUUAGCCCAAAUCUCCAAACGACACUGCUCCUACCGCAGAAUGUGUCACUCUAGACGCACCGACGAGGCUCUGGGCUCGACCCUUGCCCAAGGCCGAGAGGUGCUCCCGACCAAUGUCAAGCCGGUGCACUAUGACUUGACCCUCGAGCCCGACUUUGAGAAAUUCACCUAUGAGGGAACCGUGGUGAUCGAACAUGUCGCUAAUUGGGUUAACUCUCUCUCCCCUACCAGUCUCAACGUCAACGAGGACACCAACUCGGUCUCACUAAACACCAGCGAACUCGAAAUCCACACCAGCGAAAUCAUUGUCGAUGGAGCCGUCGUCACCUCCAGCCCUUCCGUUUCCUACGACAAGGAUAAGCAAGUUACUACCGUCAACUUCGUCGAGACUAUCCCAGCCGGGUCCAAGGCUCAGUUGAAGCAGACCUUCAGCGGCAUCCUCAAUGACAACAUGGCCGGUUUCUACCGCUCGUCGUACAAGACUGCUGAUGGUGGAACCGGGUAUAUUGCUUCCACUCAAAUGGAGCCCACGGAUGCUCGCCGAGCAUUUCCCUGCUUUGAUGAGCCGGCUCUCAAGGCCGAGUUUACUAUCACUUUGAUUGCCGAUAAACACCUGACGUGCCUGAGCAACAUGGAUGUCGCUUCCGAGUCUGAGGUGACAUCGAAGGUCUCGGGUGGUACGAAGAAGGCGGUCAAGUUCAACAAGUCCCCGGUCAUGUCUACCUAUCUGGUGGCUUUCAUUGUUGGUGAACUCAAGGUCAUUGAAUCGAACGAUUUCCGUGUGCCUGUGCGUGUGUACGCGACCCUAGACCAGGAUAUUGAGCAUGGUCGUUUCUCGCUCGAUUUGGCCGCCAAGACGCUGGCGUUCUACGAGAAGGCUUUUGACAGCGAGUACCCGCUGCCCAAAAUGGACAUGGUUGCCAUUCCGGACUUCAGCGCAGGUGCCAUGGAGAACUGGGGGUUGAUUACUUAUCGUGUCGUUGAUUUGCUCCUGGACGAGAAGACCAGUGGAGCAUCUGUGAAAGAACGUGUUGCUGAGGUUGUUCAGCACGAGUUGGCUCAUCAGUGGUUCGGUAACUUGGUUACCAUGGAUUUCUGGGAUGGUCUAUGGCUAAACGAAGGUUUCGCUACUUGGAUGUCUUGGUAUUCAUGCAACAUCUUCUACCCAGAGUGGAAGGUUUGGCAAACCUACGUGAUUGACAACCUCCAGAGCGCCCUGUCUCUCGAUUCACUGCGAAGCAGCCACCCCAUCGAGGUGCCCGUGAAGCGUGCUGAUGAAGUUAAUCAGAUUUUUGAUGCUAUCUCCUACUCCAAGGGCUCCUCUGUUCUCCGCAUGAUUUCUAAAUAUCUGGGCGAGGAUACUUUCCUCCAGGGUGUUCGUGACUAUAUCCGAAAACACGCUUACGGAAACACACAGACUGGCGAUCUUUGGGCUGCUUUGGCAAAGGCCAGCGGCAAGCCAGUUGAAGAAGUCAUGGAUGUGUGGACCAAAUAUGUUGGAUUCCCCGUUGUUCAGGUCACUGAGAACCCAAGCAAAGGCACGGUGAACCUCAAGCAGAACCGUUUCCUGCGCACUGGGGACGUCAAACCAGAGGAAGAUGAGACGAUUUAUCCUGUUUUCUUGGCUCUGCGGACGAAAGAUGGCGUUCAUGACGAACUUGUUCUUGACAAGCGUGAGAAUGAGUUCAAAGUGCCCGACCUUGACUUCUUCAAGGUGAAUGCCGACCAUUCAGGCCUAUACCGAACAUCGUACACUCCCGAACGCCUGGAGAAGCUAGGCAAUGCUGCUAAGGCAGGCCUGCUGACCGUUGAAGACCGUGCUGGUAUGGUGGCCGACUCGGGCGCUCUGGCUGCCGCGGGUUAUCAGAAGACUUCGGGUUUGCUGUCUCUGUUGAAGGGGUUUGAUACCGAGACCGAAUUUAUUGUUUGGAACGAGAUGCUUACACGAGUGGGCAGCGUGCGGGCAGCCUGGCUCUUUGAGGACCAGAAAACUCGCGACUCGUUGAAGGCGUUCCAACGCGCCUUGGUCAGCGAGAAGGCACACCAGGUCGGCUGGGAGUUCUCGGACUCGGACGACCACGUCCUGCAGCAAUUCAAGGCCAUGCUGUUUGGCAGUGCUGGCGCAGCAGGCGACUCAAAGGUGGUGGCAGCUGCUCAAGACAUGUUCAAGCGUUUCCUUGAGGGUGACCGUACCGCAAUUCACCCCAACAUCCGCGGUAGCGUGUACAACAUUGUUCUGAAGAACGGCGGCGAAAAGGAAUACAAUGCCAUUUUGGAAAUAUUCCGUACUGCUUCAACUUCGGAUGAGAAGAAUACCGCUCUUCGAAGCUUGGGGGCUGCAGAGGAUAUCGCCCUGGUGCGGAGAACGCUUGAACUGGCUACCAACGGCGAGGUCAGGAACCAGGACGUAUACAUGCCCCUUUCUGGACUCCGCAACCACGUUACCGGUGUCGAAGAGCGAUGGAAGUGGCUGCUGGAGAACUGGGACGCCAUCGUGGCACGAUUCCCACCGUCUCUGGGCAUGCUGGGUACGAUCAUUCAGCUUUCGGCUGUUGCGUUCAACACGGAAGAGCAGCUCAAGGAGGUCGAGGCAUUUUUCGCCCCGAAAGACACCAAGGGCUUUGACCGAGCUGUGGGCCAGAGCUUGGAUGCCAUCCGCGCCAAAGCUCAUUGGCUGAAGCGAGACCGCGAGGAUGUCGAGCAAUGGCUCAAGACAAAUGGCUACUUCGACGUCGAGCAGAAGCUAUAG